GUGGGUUGACUCAGGAGCAGGUGUUGGGGCUCCACAGAGAUGAACUGGGUCCUGAAAGUAGGUACUGUCAUCGUCUAGUGAGGCGACCCAGGCCAAGACAGGGUCUCCUCUGGACGAAGGGGGUUAGGUGUGUGGCACUGAGGAUACCGAGGUCCUGCAGAGAAGUGACCAGUCCAUCAUGUCUGCAGCAGGACACCCAGAAUGCUGACCAGUCACCUGGAGGCCAUUGAAGGAGUGGAGGUGAGCCCUGUGGAAGACCCAGGCCCAGGAGCCAGGGCCGACUUAGAGGACAUCACAGCAAGGGUCCCCAUCGAGGACCUCAGGACCGAGCAGAUGCUGCAGCAAUUACAGCACCAGGUUUCUGACCUUCGGGUUGAACUCAGGAAACAGGCAGCUCAGUGGUCUGUUGCUCACAGUGAACUCCAGGACCAGAUAGAUGCUUUGACAAAGCAGAACCUGGCACUUCAACAGGAGCUGAGGGCUAGGGGAUCGCAGGGUGCUGCAGCCACAGAGAAGCUUUCAGCCUCGCUUCCCAGGACCUGUGGAUCACGCGCUCUGGGUGUGCACAAGCCUUCCAGACUUCUGGGAGAAUCCAGUGGCAGGAAAUCACCAGCACAAGCCUCUGAUGUUCCACUGCAGGAAAAGAAGGCACCAGCCAGCAAGAAGGACACAUAUCCCUCAGUACCAGAGAGCUCUAAGGCCAGGCUUCCUGGCCAGGGCCAAGCCAGGCGGCCCCCUCGCUUCUCUGCAGACCGCAGGGUAGAGCAGAAUCCUCCUACAAAGCCAGGACCCUCCCAAGGAGUAGCAUGCCCUCUGGUAACCACCACAGAGAAGAGGGACGUACAGGAAAGACCACACACAGACAGCAAGGUGGAGUUGACACUCAGUGAUGGUCGCAUGAUUGUCACCUUCCCCAAUGGCACCAGGAAGGAGACCAGCACCGACAAGAAGACAACCAUCAUCAAGUUUUAUAAUGGGGACGUGAAGAAGAUCAAGCCUGAUCAGCGAGUGAUUUAUUACUUCUCGGAUGCUCAGACAACAUACACGACCUACCCCGAUGGCGUGGAAACCGUGCAGUUUCCUAAUAAGCAGAUUGAAAAAUUCUACCCUGAUGGCUCCAAAGAAACUGCGUUUCCAGAUGGGACAGUGACCCGGCUCAAGGCUGGGUGUGAGGAGACUGUGUUUCCUGAUGGGACAAUCACACAUGUGAAAAGGAAUGGCGACAAAACCAUUGUGUUCAGCAACGGGCAGAAAGAAAUCCACACAGCCCAGUUCAAGAGGAGGGAAUUUCCCGAUGGUACCAGCAAGACUGUGUAUUGCAAUGGAUGCCAGGAGACCAAGUACAGUUCGGGGAGGGUCAAGGUCAAAGACCAGACUGGAAAGGUCAUCCUGGACCAGAAGCAGAAGUAGAACACCCCUUAUACUCACCACAGUGUGUGAAACACCAGUGACAGUUUUUGCAAAGACAGAGACAAAACACAUUAGCUGUCCCAAGUAAUCUUAGCCCCAAACUUCAGGAGUACUUGGUCACUAGAAACUGUAAAGAAGGAGAGCUCUAGUCUCUCACUUAAGGAAAGUGGUCAGAAUAGCACUAGGUAGAUGAAAAGCUCACAAAAGCAUGAUUUCCAGUGCCUUAACCCGACUUUGUCCUUUUUGCUAAUUUUACCACAUGGGGGCCCUGGCACAGGAUAAAGCCAAUGUCAGCUGCCAGCUUCUAGGGAGCAUUUGUAUAUUAGGCUGAACCUCUGUGGGUCUGGUCUGCCAGCUCCGGCCUUCCUCAUACCUCCAGCACCAUCCAAACUCAACCUGACCCAUUCUCCUCCAUGGUUCUCCUCUACCCAUGCCCAUGUCAUUUCUUGGCCCAACAGUCAUGACCAGACCAAGGGGUGGCUAACUUAGAUUUAGAAGAAUAUAAGUAUUGUGGUCUAUGGCUGCCUCGAAAGACAAGCACUUCCUAAAAUUCUUGACAUUUUAAUUCUGGUAUAAACAUGAUGACCAGUUACUUCUUUUGUGUUGAAGGCUAUAUGGAAAUUACAAAA